ACUUCACCACGAAAAAUUUAUUCAAUACAUUUAUGAAGUUAUCCACUAACCCCUAAAAAUCAAUUUUAUUCUAACCUAAAUUCUUAAGCAUAUUUUAAAUCAAAACAAUUUCAAUAAAACAAUAUAAAUGCCUUUUACAAUAGAUCAAGACAAAUUUCUUUUGGAAGCUUAUUUUAGAACGGGCGAAAAGGUGGCAAAAACUUGGAUGUACGAUAUAAGAAAAUGCCAGUCGGAGUUUUAUUUAAAAUAUCCGGAUGAAGAACAGAUAGUUUACGAUGUUUUCGCUCAAUAUGUAAGAAGAUUAGUGUCUAGAUUUAAUAAAACCGGAGGAGUUUGUAAAACAGUGCCGAAAAGGAAGGCCUCGAAAGUAACGGAAGAAUUAUUGAAGGAAUUUGAGGUUAUGCUAGAAGAGGACCCAAGGAGAUCUAUAAGACAAAUAGCUAAAAUAACAGGGAUAUCAUAUGGUUCAUGUCGGAAGGCUUUAGGACUGAUAGAAUCCUUUAAAAAUCAAGAUAACCAACAAAAUAUAGUUGAUACAAAAGAAACGAUAUCGUCUUUGCGUAUUUAAUAAUUAAUAAUAUAAGAAAAAGUUAACAAAUUUUGUUUCUAUUGUGAUUCGUAAAUGUUAUUAAAAAUAAGUUUUAAUGUAAUAUUUACCGUCGAUGAAUAAUCAUUUGCUUUAUUUAUAUCGAUUUUGUGGAAUCUCGUUGAAUAAAUAAAACUUAGUUAACACUAA